ACGGCCGCCCGACCUGCUUUGCUUGGACCUCCACGCCUGCCCAGCCCGCCCAGGUGCCAGCCAUGCCCCUGAUCCUGAUCUCCGGCUAUCCCUCCGCCGGCAAGACGCACCGCGCCCACCAGCUCGUCGACUACUUCCGCGACAGGAUCGCCCGCGCCGACGACGCCCGCAUUGCCCGCCUGCGACUCCACCACAUCAGCGACCACUCUCUCGCCCUGUCGCGCGAUGUCUACCACUCCGCGCGCGCCGAGAAGGAUGCCCGUGCCACCCAGGCGUCGGCCAUAAAGCGCGUCCUCAGCAGGGACGACGUCGUCAUUGCCGACGGCCUGUACUACAUCAAGGGCUUCCGAUACCAGCUCUACUGCGAGGCCAAAGCCAUGCAGACGCCCAGCUGCGUUGUCCACGUAGGAACCCGGGCGGACAAGUGCCGUGAAAUCAACAAGCGUCUACUCGAGGACAGCGAACAGGACGGCGGAUAUGCCGAAGAGGAUUUUGAGAAUCUCGUUUUUAGGUACGAGGAGCCAAACGGCAUGACUAGAUGGGACAGCCCUCUCUUCACCGUCGUCUACGAAGACGACACGCCGCCGCUCGAGCAGAUCUGGGAUGCCAUGGUAGGCAAUGAUAGCAAGGCCAAGGUUGUGAGGCCCAAUGCCGCGACUGUCUUGGCGCCAUUGCAGAAACCAGCAACCGAGCAGAACUACCUGUACGAGCUGGACAAGACCACCUCUGACAUCAUCUCUGCCAUACAGUCUUACCAGGCCGAUCAUCCCGGCGAAGGUGGUGGUGAAGUUAGCAUCCCCGGCGCAGAGAACGCAAUCGAGCUGCCUGCACGACCGUUGAGUCUGCCGCAGAUGCAGCGUAUACGGCGGCAAUUUAUCGCGCUAAACCGUCAGCACAAUUUAUCGAAGACACGGAUUAAAGACUUAUUCGUUGACUAUCUCAACGAUACGUUCCAGGCGUCUUGA